GUUGGAUCAACGGAAUGGAGAACAGCACGCAAGCCAGCACUUCUGUCGAGAAAAGAAAUCACCAUUGGAGAAGUUACAAGUUGAUUAUUGACCCGGCUCUGAAAAAAGGACAGCACAAACUCUACCGUUACGAUGGGCAACAUUUCAGCAUGCCUAACUCGGGGAUCGCUCCUGUGGAUUGUGUCAGGGAUCCCAGAAUAGGGCGAAUAUGGACCAAAACUAAGGAGUUGGAGCUGUCUGUCCCCAAAUUCAAGAUUGAUGAAUUUUACGUGGGGCCAGUGCCUCCCAAGCAGGUCACCUUUGCCAAGCUGAACGACAACAUCCGUGAAAACUUUUUGGCCGACAUGUGCAAGAAAUACGGCGAAGUGGAAGAGGUGGAGAUUCUCUACAACCCCAAGAACAAGAAGCACCUGGGCAUUGCCAAAGUCAUCUUUGCCACUGUCAAGGGUGCCCGGGAGGCUGUGCAGCACCUUCACAACACUUCUGUCAUGGGCAACAUCAUCCACGUGGAGCUGGAUACAAAAGGUGAAACCCGCAUGAGGUUCUAUGAACUGCUGGUUAAUGGUCUUUACACUCCUCAGACCCUCCCUGUAGGCACUGAACAGGACGUGUCCCCAACUGGGAACGAAGCUCUCCAGCUGACGGACUCCCUGAAGCGCCUGAAGGACAGCUCCCUCUCCUCCGCGGGAUCCUCCGUCACCCCCAACAGCAGCACGCCCUUUUCCCAUGACACCGCCUAUUCCAGCUGCCGGCAGGACACCCCAAACUCCUACAGCCAAUUCACCCCCCAGUCCCAAGGAACGCCCCACACCCCGCGCCUGGGGACGCCCUUCUCCCAGGACUCCACCUACUCCAGCCGACAGACCACCCCUGUGUACCACUUUGGGCAGGACAGUGCCUACAAACCCCGGAGGCACGAGACCAAGUUCACGGACGCGUACAACCGGCGCCCCGGGCACCACUACAUGCACAACUCGGCAGGGGUGUUCCGAGGCACGGAGCAUCAGUUCAGUACCUUCAAAUCCCAUCAGCAGGAGCCUGUUCAGUUCUCUCACACUCCUCCCCUGAGCCACUCUAGUUCUUCGAGCUAUAAAUCUGCCUUCUCCCCGUAUCAAGCACCAGCUGUUUUUCCCCAGUCCGAGGAGCAGCAGCCGUUUCCCCAGACUUCCAGGGAGACAGAGUACAGGAGACCUGCACCGCCUCCCACAGAGAUGGUGGUGGAAAGCAGCGCUGCCCCCAGCAUCGAUUUUGUCCCAGUGAAGGAGAAACCGGAGGAGCCUCCGCCUUUGCCCGACUCGAACUCUGUUCCUGAACCAAGCACAGCGUCCUUCUCUCAGACUCCAGAGAGGAGUGAGACUCCUGGCACCCCCACCAUGGAGACUGAGAUGCAGCAUAACAGUUUAGACUCAAGGAUUGAGAUGCUCUUAAAAGAGCAGAGAACAAAAUUACCCUUUCUUAACGAGCAUGACUCAGAUAAUGAGAUCAGAAUGGAAGGUAGCCCUAUUUCCUCCUCUUCUUCCCAGCUCUCCCCCAUCCCAACGUACGGUUCGAACUCUCAGCCCGGUUUCAGGGGUCAGACGCCUUCCUCGCGCCCGUCCAGCACAGGCCUGGAGGACAUCAGCCCCACACCCUUACCUGACUCUGAUGAUGAUGAGCCCAUCCCUGGGACAGCUUCUCUGAGUCAGAAUUCCCGGGGGACAUCGGAGGCCAGCAUGACUCCCAUUGAUCAGCUGAGCAGGACCUCCAAAACCGAGACCUUGGAGGCUAAAGAAAUGGUGCCUGGUGACCAGACUCCAACGUCAGAAAAAAUGGAUGAGGGUCAGCAUUCCUCAGGGGAGGACAUGGAAAUCUCUGACGACGAGACCAACCCCGCGCCCAUCACCAGCGCGGAAUGUGCCAAAACCAUCAUGGUGAACUCCUCCGUCAGCAACACGGCCGUGAUGGCCCCGUCCAUCCCCCCGCUGCCACCCCCGGGAUUCCCUCCUCUUCCUCCCCCUCCUCCUCCUCAGCCGGGCUUCCCCAUGCCCCCUCCGCUGCCCCCCCCCCCGCCGCCCACUCACCCCGCGGUCACGGUGCCCCCGCCGCCGCUGCCCGCCCCGCCCGGGGUGCCCCCGCCCCACAUCCUGCCCCCGCUGCCCCCCUUCCACCCCGGCAUGUUCCCGGUCAUGCAGGUGGACAUGAUCAGCGUCCUGGGCAACCAGUGGGGCGGCAUGCCCAUGUCCUUCCAGAUGCAAACGCAGAUGCUGAGCCGCAUGAUGCAGGCGCAGAACACGUACCAGUACCCGCCCUUCAUGGCGGGCCGCAUGCAGUUUGUGAACCUCCCUCCCUACCGGCCCUUCUCCAUGGGAGCCGCCCUCGCCCGCGGGCAGCAGUGGCCGCCGCUGCCCAAGUUCGACCCCUCGGUUCCUCCCCCGGGCUAUGAGCCCAAGAAGGAAGAUCCCCACAAGGCCACGGUGGAUGGAGUCCUCCUGGUCAUAGUGAAGGAGCUCAAGGCCAUCAUGAAAAGGGACCUGAAUCGCAAGAUGGUCGAAGUGGUGGCGUUCCGGGCGUUUGAUGACUGGUGGGACAAGAAGGAACGUCUGGCAAAGGCAUCUCUCACUCCAGUGAAGUCUGGAGGAGAAGUGGAGGAAAAACCAAAGCCAAAGGAUCGAAUGGCCUCUUGUCUGCUGGAGAACUGGAACAAGGGAGAAGGGCUGGGCUACGAGGCCAUCGGCCUCGGCAUCGGCCUGCGGGGCGCCAUCCGCCUGCCCUCCUUCAAGGUGAAAAGAAAGGAGCCACCUGAAGCUGCCUCAGCGGGAGAUCAGAAGAGAAUCCGGCCUUCUACUUCUGUGGAUGAUGAAGAUGAAGAGUCGGAGAGGGACAGGGAUGCUUCUGAUACAACAUCUGACCUGUCAAAGAAGGACGCAGAGGCUGUGGGGCUGCGGCGGCGACCAGCGAGGCCAUUGGAGCUGGACAGCGAGGGAGAGGAGGGAGAUGAGACAUCAGGGAAAGAGGAAGAGUCCUCCUCAGAGAAGGAAGAGGAGCAGGAGGAAGAGGGAGGCUUGGUGAAAGCAGCACCUGGCAAGGAGGAAGAGGAGGAGGAGGAUGAUGAAGAUGAUGAGGAUGAAGAUGAUGACGAAGACGAGGAUGAAGAUGAUGAGGAGGAGACAGGCAUAGACACAAGUGACAAGGAGGAGGAGCAGGACUCCGAGGAGGAUGUAGCAAGUCCCUCGUCUUCCAAGGCUGAAGCUGAAUCAUCUGAUGAGAGUGAGGACUCCUCUGAAUUCGAGUCAAGUUCAGACUCAGAUGAUGAAGAUGAGGAGGAUGAUGAUGAUGAUGAAGAGGAGGAGGAAGAAGAGGGGGAAGAGGUGGCUGAAGAUCAAGGCAGAGAAGCCAUGGUUGCUGAGCCAGAGCCUGAACCUGCUUGUCAUGAGAUUCCUGAUGAUGAGAGGGAGACGAUUUUGGACCUGUACCCUGUGGACUACAUGGAUGCCACAGACUUGGGACUUGCUGAGCCAGCUUUGGCAGUGAAAGAUGAAGGCAGUGAAGAAAUCAAGGCAGGGGAUAGUGAGUGUGGCCAAGUCCUGGGGGCUCCUGUUGCUGCUGAAACUCUGAAACAUUUGGUUAUGGAAAGAGACCAGGAGACAAAGCUUGCACUCUCUCCCAUCUGUAGGCCAGAGGAAGAGUCCGAACCCACUCCCAUGCUGGAGCCAGAGGUACAGGAAGGUCCAAAGCCUGAAUCUCAGGAUGAGGAGGCGUCUCUCUGUAUCUCUGCUCCAGGAGGAGUCUUUGGAGAACCUCUGCCCAGCAAAAGCAGCUUCUUUGGCAAGUCUGAGGAGAGCAGCUUGGAAGGCCGGGUGAAAGCGGAGGAGGAGGAGCGGCUGCCGCGCACGCCGGGGCGCGAGGUGCUGAUCCACCCGGACACUGAGACUGUCCUGCUGCCAGCCCACAAGGUGCCAUCCUCCAUGCUUCCCUUGCCAACCACUCCCGGCAAGGAAGAGCCUUUAGUCCCUCCAGAGAAGUUCCCUGAACAAUUACUGGUGACCAAAACAUCCGUGGAGGAGGAGAUUCCCAGGACUCCCGGGCGGGACAUUUUGGCCAAGUCUUCGCACCCCCUGACGAAGUCGCAGAGCACGGACACUGUUCCAGCCACGCCAGGAAGUGAUGCUCCCCUUACAGGAAGCAGUUUGACCCUCAGUUCCCCUCAGGUCCCAGGGAGCCCCUUUUCCUACCCAUCCCAAUCCCCUGGCAUUAACAGUGGCAUUCCUCGGACUCCUGGGAGGGAUUUCAAUUUCACGCCUACUUUCCCAGAGGCUGGUGCUACCAUUCCUUGCCUUCUGCCUGGCAAGAAGCAGUCAGAGGAUGAGCUAGAAGAGAAAACCUUUAAAGAGCCUCUUGGUGCUUCCCUUACGAUCAGCAUGAACAGUGUUCCUUCCCCUAUCCCCUUUGCCAGCCCCCCACAAGCAGAUUUCCACAUGGACAUGGCUUUGCCACCUGAUGAGCCAAUACCUGUAGCAGCCCUGCCGUGCGUGCAUGGAGAUGGAAGAAUGCCCAUCGAGGAAUGCAAGGCAGAAGUAAAACCUGUUUUGCUCUCCCCAGAGGUACCCCCUGGGGCUUCUAUCCUUCCUCCCCCACCACCACCUUCUGUUCUUCCCAAGAGGAGGCCAGGUCGGCCGAGACGGUCCCCACCCUCUGUCCUCUCUCUGGAUGUGUACUCGGGCAAAACCAUAGAACCUCCUCCCAUGCCAGUGGCCUUGGUGGAAGAUGCCGUGGGCCAAGAGCUGCUGAGCAGACAUCCUGAUGCCUACUACGGACUGAAAGACCCUGAAGCCGUCACCCUGGACUUCAGGAAUGAUGGUUUCCAUGAGAAAAUAGCAGCUGAGACAGUUGCAGAGAAGCUGCCAUUCAAGGAACUGGAGAACCAGUGGAACGAAGACUUGAAGGAGGAGGAGGCUCACGCGAAGCCCAAGCGGCAGUGGCGGAGGCAGAGGAAAUCCGAGGAGCUGCCGGUGAUCCCUUCCCCCGAGUACUCCCCGCCCCAGCCGCAGUUCAGGCCGCGCUCCGAGUUUGAGGAGAUGACGAUUCUGUACGACAUCUGGAACGGGGGCAUCGACGAGGAGGACAUCAAGUUCAUGUGCAUCACCUACGACCGCUUGUUGCAGCAGGACAACGGUAUGGACUGGCUCAAUGACACCCUCUGGGUUUUCCAUCCUUCUACCAGCUUUUCCACCCCCAAGAAGAAGAAGCGGGAUGACGGCAUGCGGGAGCACGUCACGGGCUGCGCGCGGAGCGAGGGCUAUUACAAAAUUGAUAAGAAGGACAAACUCAAAUACCUCAACAAUAGCCGAGCUUUUGCAGAGGAGCCUCCAGCUGACACCCAGGGCAUGAGCAUCCCUGCCCAACCUCACGCUUCCACCCGGGCUGGUUCCGAGAGGCGAUCGGAGCAGCGCAGGCUCCUCUCCUCCUUCACUGGUAGCUGUGACAGUGACCUGCUCAAGUUCAACCAGCUCAAGUUCCGGAAGAAAAAACUAAAAUUCUGCAAGAGCCACAUUCACGACUGGGGCCUUUUUGCUAUGGAGCCCAUUGCAGCUGAUGAGAUGGUGAUAGAGUACGUGGGGCAGAACAUCAGGCAGGUCAUUGCUGACAUGCGUGAGAAGCGAUACGAGGACGAGGGCAUCGGCAGCAGUUACAUGUUCAGAGUCGACCACGACACCAUCAUCGAUGCCACCAAGUGUGGGAACUUCGCCAGGUUCAUCAAUCACAGCUGCAAUCCAAAUUGUUAUGCUAAAGUGAUCACGGUGGAGUCUCAAAAGAAGAUCGUUAUCUACUCCAAGCAGCACAUCAAUGUGAACGAGGAAAUUACCUACGACUACAAGUUUCCAAUUGAGGAUGUAAAGAUCCCGUGUCUCUGUGGCUCUGAGAACUGCAGGGGAACCCUGAACUGAACUCGAGGUUUCUCGUCACACUUGCACCUUCGGCCAUGUCAAAACUGUGGUAACCAGGUGUGGUUGCACUUUGCCAAAAAAAGAGGAAAAAAAAAAACCUACAGAAAA